ACCGUCCGAAGGGGAAAAACGAGAGAAUACAGCGAGAACGGCGGCGGCGGCGGCGGCGCCACACUUGCCGGCGAUGUACGCGGAAACGGAGCCCGGCGGCGCCGCGGAGCGCACGGCGUUCCGGCGGGCCGAGAAGCAGUACAAGCUCUACAAGCCACCCAGUCGCAAGGGCAGGUCGAAAUCCAGGGGCAAGCAAGCCGGUGGUGGUGGGUUUGGCGGCGGCGGGGACCUGUCCGCGGUGGUCGACUUCCACGCGCUGCUUGCUGCCGGAGAAGGCGAGCUGCCCGCCGGGAUCCGGAGGUGCGACCGCGCCGGCUUCCACCUGCCCGUGUUCUGCUUCCUCGACCGGCCGGGAUUCUAUUUCAUCCCUGGUGCUCUAUCAACUGAGGAACAAUGCUAUUGGAUCAGGGAAAGCUUGAAAACAUUCCCACAGCCUCCUAAUAGAACUAACUUGACUGCUACAUACGGUCCAAUUUCUGACUUGUUCAUCGCUGCUAAAAACCAAAAGAUUUUGGUUGAAGUGCAAAGUUCCAAUGGCCAAGAAAGAGUUGAGCAGAAUAAUGUUGGGGAAAAUGCACAUCCGGGUAAAUUCAAAUUUGUGGAUGGCUCAGAGAUCCAAAAGGAGGAAAGACCUAAGUCGACCAUGGCAGCUGCUCUUGUGCGCAAGCUCCGGUGGAGCACCCUUGGCUUGCAAUUUGAUUGGUCAAAACGUAACUAUGAUGUAUCGCUUCCACACAACAAGAUUCCAGAUGACCUUGCUACUCUAGCAAAAAAGAUGGCUGUUCCAGCAAUGCCUUCUGGAGAAGAAUUCACUGCAGAAGCGGCCAUCGUUAACUAUUAUGGUCCAAGCGACAUGCUUGGUGGCCAUGUUGAUGACAUGGAAGCAGAUUGGACAAAACCUAUUGUGAGCAUAAGUUUGGGUUGCAAGUGUAUUUUUCUGCUUGGAGGGAAGACAAGGGAUGAAGCUCCAACGCCAAUGUUCCUGCGAAGUGGUGAUAUUGUACUGAUGGCUGGGGAAGCACGAGAGCGCUUCCAUGGUGUCCCACGGAUCUUCACAGAGGGUGACCAGCAAGAUAUCUCUGGGCUGGUAUCAGAACUAUCUGAUGAUGAUGACCGCUUUAUAUUGGACUACAUUCAUAAUUCAAGGAUAAAUAUCAACAUAAGACAAGUAUACUGAAGCUACUUUAGUUAUUAUUGAAAGUUUGCUCUCCUGCUGCCUCUCGGGCCUACACUAGAUGAGCAAUUGUUUGAUUAACUGUGUCUGGAGUUUGUUUCUGAAAUGUUGCUGGAAGAUGGGGUAAUUUAUUGAUCGGGGGAAGCGUUCAUCUUCUUUCAAAGGGUAGGCCUUCCAUGGACAGGGCAUUUUUGAUAGUUUCGUACCCUCAGCAAGACCCCAGUUAUCAUUAAAAAAAUCCAGCUAAUGCGAGAGAAUGUAAAUCACUUAAUGGCUUACUGCCUGAUGUGUGAGAAGUUGUUCAUCUUGAGUAUUCUUUUCCAGGAAAUUUACUUGCCAAUAUCUCUA